AUGCCAACUGUACGCGAUGCUCACAUCGCUUUCCCGGCACCGGCGAGGUAAGGCGAGGGUUGCAAGCGCGUCACAAAUAGAGCUCCCCUCCAGCCAGGAAGCAUAAUUCUUUGUUCCAUCUGCCAGCAAACCUUGGAGCCGGUCAGGAGCUAUCUCGCCCUGUGUGAGAUGAAACGCAGAUCAGGAAUUUCGCAAACCGAGGCACGGAGGAGGUGGGGAAACAAGCAUAUCCCUGGCUGCGCUCGGCCUGACUCGCUGCCGUGUGACAGGCUUCGAGUACCCUCCUGCCUCGGGGUCUGAUUCUCUUAAUUUACUUAAUGAGUAACUGCACCGUCACAGGUUCUGCUUGAGCCGUCACACCAGUGAGCAACGCUAGGGUUUGUUUCAGCAUGGAGGGAAGGGCGUCAUCAGAGUCCCCCCCCGCCCAGCCGAAGCUCAGUUUCGGCACCUUUCAGGUGGGUGCCAUUGCCAUUCUAAGACAACAAAGGAGAAGUUCAUGCUGAGCUCUGGCACCCCUUUUUCUAGAAAAAUGACACUCAGCGUCACCUUCAUAAGUCAGCUGCAAGAGACCUUUCUGCGCAACUUGUGAAAGCCGCCCGUGUUUCCUUUUCAUUUGUUUAUAUUUAAAAAAUUGUAUACUGCUGUGUCGCUUUAAAAAAUCUUAAUAAUAAUAAUAAAAUUUAUUUAUAUCCCGCCCUCCCCAGCCGAAGCCGGGCUCAGAGCGGCUAACAACAGUAAAAGUAACAGUUUACGUAAAAUCACAAUCAAUUAAUUAAAAUACAUUCUAAAAUCAAUUCAUUCUAAAAUCAAUUCUUCGAAAGUCAGGCAGUCAGGAAGGAGCGGAAGAGUAGAAGAGCAGUUCCCGCCCCCUCCUUUUUCAAAUCAUCAGAUCAGGAGAUUCUUGCAAUGGGAGGGGGUGAAAAUAUCAACACACCCUCCGCGCCACACACCCCUCGGGAGUGCGCCCGCCCUGGGCAGUGCGGGCAUAUGUUCUGCUGCUACCGGGAUGUAAGGGUUCAGGUGAGCCCCGGGGUAACCUGGACCUAAGUUGUUCAGGGCUUUGUAAAUGAAUACAAGAGCCUUGAACCUGGCUCAGUAGGUAGUGGGCAUGUUCUUGCACCCGUGGCCCUGCCGUCUCCUGUGUUGUCCUUCAAAUCCCUCUUCAGAAUAAACGGCCUCAGUCCAGUAUACCUGCAGGAGUGUCUCCACCCCCAUCGCUCUGCCCGGACGCUGAGGUCCAGCGCCGAGGGCCUUCUGGCGGUUCCCUCAUUGCGAAAAGCAAAGCUACAGGGAACCAGGCAGAGGGCCUUCUCGGUAGUGGCGCCCACCCUGUGGAACGCCCUUCCAGCAGAUGUCAAAGCGAUAAACAACUACCUGACAUUCAGAAGACAUCUUAAGGCAGGCCUGUUCAGGGAAGUUUUUAACGUGUGGUAUUUUACUGUAUUUUUGGUUUCUAUGGAAGCCACCCAGAGUGGCUGGGGAGGCCCAGCCAGAUGGGCGGGGUAUAAAUAAUAAAUAAUAAAUUAUUAUUAUUAUUAUUAUUAUUAUUAUUAUUAUUAUUACACGCAGAAUCCACGGAAGCAAUUGGCGACUUGGCUGGAGACAGGAUAGACGAAGCAGGAACCAGGAACUUGUAGUUAGGUGUUUAUUAUAUACAGUGGAUUAUUUACAGGAACAGAACACAGAUCUUUUGCUAGCUCUCUCUGACACGACUCACAACUCCUACACUGACACACUGAACCACUGAACUACGAACUAACACAUUCCAGUUCGUGGGCCAUUAAUUAUCACUCCCUUGAAAGAGCUUGACCAAUCAGGAAGCUGUCUUCAUGUCUCUGUUAUUUCUAGGCAGACUUAUUCCUUCAGAUUGCCUUCUGGCUGGCUGCCAAACCUUAAUUGACUCUGUGUGAGUAGCUGCACAUACACAGUUUCCCAACAGCCUCAAUCAGAGCCAGGGCCUUUUCAACACUGGCUCCAGCCUGGUGGAACUCUCUGUCUCAUGAGACCAGGGCCCUGUGGGAUCUGAUUUCUUUCCGCAGGGCCUGUAAGACAGAGUUGUUCUGCCUGGCCUUUGGCUUGGAAUCAACUUGAUCCCCUCCCCCUCUUUCUUUUUUCCUUUCUCCUGUGUUGGAACUCCUAUUUGGGGACUUCCCUGGCUUUUUUCUGGCCCACGUAGGAUCAGUCUGGAUAGUCAGCCUUGGUGAAGACUUGAUGUUUUUAUCCCCCAAAAAGUUUUUGAUUGAGUUUCCACUGAAAUGAAGUUGCAUUUUAAUGUUUUAAUGUUGUAUUUUAAUCUUGUUUUUUAAGUUGUAUUUCAAUCAAUUGAUUUUAUAUUUGGUGUUAGCCGCCCUGAGCCCGGUCUUGGCUGGGGAGGGCGGGGUAUAAAUAAAUUUUAUUAUUAUUAUUAUUAUUAUUAUUAUUAUUAUCAAGCAUGAACCUCUGUGGGGAGGCAAUCCCACAGGACUGGUGAGAAUGACACAAAAACCUACCAGGUUGGAGUUUUCUUCCACUUCUGGUGGUCCAGAGUCAGAGGACGGGCAAGGACAGUUCCUUCUCUUGACCAUUCCACUCUCCCCGGUUCCUUUUUGCAGGUUUUUGAGAGCUGACACCAUGAGGAUCCUCCUUUGGAACAUCUUGUCAUUCUGCCUGCUUGCUUACGCCCUCAGCGACUGCCGGAGAGAUUGUCUGAACUGCCACAGACAUUUGUACAGCCACCAGCAAGAUGACUUCAGCCUUCUGGUGAGUAGUCCAAGCAGCGGCGGGCUUGGGUCAUAUGGCACACAGUGCAAGGCAAACCUACCUGAUCCAUCAUUUGUGAACCAAUGCGCAUCCUUUGAAAUUUGCACUUCUCUGAAUUUUGCAAUGAGUUUCUCCAGCCAAGUAGUGUGUACAGAAGUGCAAUAAAGAACAAAUUAGGGGAGAUUGCUUUGCAAAAACGCGUAUAUUAGGCAGUAUUGCAUGCAUUUGCACUGAAGUGCUGGUGAAUUUUUAGUAAAGGUACAGUGGUACCUCGGGUUAAGUACUUAAUUCGUUCCAGAGGUCUGUUCUUAACCUGAAACUGUUCUUAACCUGAAGCACCACUUUAGCUAAUGGGGCCUCCUGCUGCUGCGUGCUGGAGCACGAUUUCUGUUCUCAUCCUGAAACAAAGUUCUUAACCUGAAGCACUAUUUCUGGGUUAGCAGAGUCUGUAACCUGAAGAGCAUGUAACCUGAAGCAUAUGUAACCCAAGGUACCACUGUAAAGGUAAAGGGACCCCUGACCAUUGGGUCCAGUCAUGGCUGAUUCUGGGGUUGCGGCGCUCAUCUCGCUUUACUGGCCGAGGGAGCCGGCGUACAGCUUCCAGAUCAUGUGGCCAGCAUGACUAAGCCGCUUCUGGCGAACCAGAGCAGCGCACGGAAACGCCGUUUACCUUCCUACCAGAGCGGUACCUAUUUAUCUACUUGCACUUUAACGUGCUUUCGAACUACUAGGUUGGCAGGAGCAGGGACCGAGCAACGGGAGCUCACCCCAUCGCGGGGAUUCGAACCACCGACCUUCUGAUCGGCAAGUCCUAGGCUCUGUGGUUUAACCCACAGUGCCACCCGCGUCCCUGUGCCACCCUCACAACAUCAUGUGGAAAUGUGGAGAACUGAACAUAAGAUUGGGGGGGGGGGAGGACCAAAACUGACAGAUUCACCUGCCCCUAUCCUCAACACAGGCCACCUGAGGCCCCUGCAUCACUCUGCCCAAUGCUAGGGCCAGCCUGUUCUUGAUAUGCCAGAUUUUGGGCCGCCUUCCAAGCUCCAGUCCUGGCAGCUCAAACACCAAGGAAGAGGUAAAUACCGUUCUCAUCUCCACGCUUUUCCUCCCUCCUUGGCUGAUCAACAGUGACACUUUUUGCAAUGGGCUUUUUCUCCUUCCCUCUCCCUCUCCCGCAUCUGGCGCUUGCUCCUUCCCAUUUGAUGAGAAUUUAUGUCCCAGCCAUUCCCUGCCCUGGCUCCAUUUCUCACUGAGUGGGGCCCUAAAGAAAGAUCGUCGCCAAGGCAUCCUUCUGCAUUCAUCUAGGUCACCAUCUGAGCCCACCUUGGAAGCAUGUUGCAGUCCGGCCGAUUCGCACCUGCCUGCGCAAUAAACUUAUUUUAGGAUAACUCCCCCCCCCAAACUCCUGUGAAGCAUCUCUGAAACAGAAAGUGAAUCUAGAAGAGGUCUUUGCCCAUCUGGUCCCUUCCAGAUAUCCUGGUGCCAUGUGGUCCUGUGCCCCAGACCAGCCCUUGGGGGCUGGACUAGAUGACUCUAGAGGACCCUUCCAAUUCUACAAUUCUCUGAUUCUGUACAGAAGUCCUUUCUUCUACUGUAUCUGUCAUGAAUCAUCCAAUAUUCUGCUUCAUCAAAUGUUCACGACUUCCAGUGUUAUGAGAAAGGGAGAAAAAAAAUAUCCACUUUCUCAAUGUCAUGCAUGAUUUUAUAAAUACCUAUGAUGUAAAUUAGGGAUGUGGGUGGCGCUGUGGUCUAAACCACAGAGCCUAGGACUUGCUGAUCAGAAGGUCAGCGGUUCGAAUCCCCGUGACGGGGUGAGCUCCCGUUGCUCGGUCCCUGCUCCUGCCAACCUAGCAGUUCGAAAGCACGUCAAAGUGCAAGUAGAUAAAUAGGUACCACUCUGGUGGGAAGGUAAAUGGCAUUUCCGUGCGCUGCUCUGGUUCGCCAGAAGCGGCUUAGCCAUGCUGGCCACAUGACCUGGAAGCUGUAAGCCGGCUCCCUCGGCCAGUAAAGCAAGAUGAGCCGGCCACUACUGGACCUAAUGUUCAGGGGUCCCUUUACAUUUUUAUGAUGUAAAUUAAAAAGUCCCAAAUGCUGCAAUCUUUUAUUGCCCCGUAGAGGAGUCCCUCCAUCUCCUUGAUCAUUCUGGUUGCCAAACGACCAAAGACGGCUUCUCUGAAAUUAAGGCACGGACAGGAUCCUUCGCCUCAAAAUUAUAGCAAGUUCAAUGCACUCUUAUGCCCUUGACCUUGGAGGGCUUCCUUUCCACAGCUGAUACUGUCAUGGCCGGACGGUUUGUGGAUUGGAAUGAAUGAAUGAAUGAAAGCAACCAUGCCUGAAUGAAUGAAUUAGCAAACCAAGGAGCGAAGCCAGCUUCAGCUGUCUGGGCUGGACUCCGCAUGGUGCUGGCAAACCAUCUCCUGCCCAUUAAGAAAAUGCAGUGGACAGGUCAUUAAGAUUCAUUUAGUCAGCUGCCUCAUUUCAGGGAAAUGCCAAUUUCGCCACCAGCCACACACACACAUGCAAUGGGUGCAACCUUGAAUCUCACUCCAAGGGCACUGCAGAAGACAGAGGUUCUCUGCUAGCGUGGUGCAGUGGUUAGAGCAGGGGUCAGCAAACUUUUUCAGCAGGGGGCCGGUCCACUGUCCCUCAGACCUUGGGGGGGGGGGCUGGACUAUAUUUUUUGGGGGGGGGGGAGGAGAGAUGAACGACUUCCUAUGCCCUACAAAUAACCCAGAGGUGCAUUUUAAAUAAAAGCACACAUUCUACUCAUGUAAAAACACGCUGAUUCCCAGACCGUCCGCAGGCCGGAUUGAUAAGGCAAUUGGGCCGCAUCUGGCCCCCAGGCCUUAGUUUGCCUACCCCUGCCCUGGGAGCUUCCCCCUGCAUUAAUUUGCCUGGUCAGUGAGCUCACAGCACGCUGGCUCCCCACACAGUUCAGCCCCCACAUGAGAUCAGCCGUCACCAGCAAUGUCUCUUGAAACUGUAGAGUCAGGCCACGUGGUGGAGCUGAACAAAUAUCUCAGCUCAGUUCAUAGCUGUCAAGUGUCCCUUAUUUGGCGGGACAGUCCCUUAUCCCAGCGCCAUGUCCCGCUGCUGUCCCUUAUUGAUGAUGUCCCUUAAAUAAGCUACUGAAUGUAAUGGGGCCCUUUCUAUGUCCAGCUGUCCUUUGUCAACAACAAAUUGUUGCUUUUUUUUGUGUUGAAUAUAUGCUAUAUGGUAAUUUAUGGUCCUAAUACGUAUCUAAAGCCAUUUGCACGCAACAAAAUAUGUAUUUUAUCAAAGUAAUUGUUGAUCCCUUAUUUUGGCUGCUGAACCCUUAUUUUGGCUGCUGAUCCCUUAUUUUCGAGGCUGCUGGUCCCUUAUUUUCAAAUCUGUAAGUUGACAGCUAUGGCUCAGUUUGCCAAAGCAAGAGCAAUUUCAAAAGGCCUCCCUUCUGUGUGAAGAAGCCAUUCGGGACAAAAAAAUGUAGAACUCUCUGCUCAGAAGACCCAGGAAACUUCAGAACUUAUAAUUAGUCCAAGUUCCCCACUUUGCUCUUCCUUGAGUCAGGCUGUGCAGAAUAAAUAGACAGCUAAACUUUUGCAGGGCAGCGUUUUAAAAAAAUACAGACAAGCCGCCACACACACACACACACACACACACACACACACACACACAGAGUGUGGGUAGAGUUAAAUGCAAGCAGUUCACCUGCUAAUGAAAGGUGGGGGUGGAGAAGGAAAGCCUUUGGAAAUAGUAGCCUGAUUGCAGAAGUAAGCGGUUUAGCAACCUGAGCGUGAAAAGAGAGUUGGGUUCUUCGCUCUUGGCACUCAAAGACCCCUUGCUGUGAAUUCAAUUCCUUUCCAGCAAAGGGGGGAAAGGAAGUUACUGUCUUAUAAUUGACUUCUGAUGGAAGUCAGUGAUCCCUCUAAGAACCUGUUUGCAAUCAAUUAGUUAUGGGGUGAGAAGAGAUGAACAGAGAAAGUUUGGGGUCUGGGGGGAAAAAUAUCUCCUGGCUAAGGUAAAGGUAAAGGGACCCCUGACCUUUAGGUCCAGUCGUGACCGACUCUGGGGUUGUGGUGCUCAUCUCGCUUUACUGGCUGAGGGAGCCGGCGUACAGCUUCCGGGUGAUGUGGCCAGCAGGACUAAGCCGCUUCUGGCGAACCAGAGCAGCGCAUGGAAACGCCGUUUACCUUCCCACCGGAGUGGUACCUAUUUAUCUACUUGCACUUUGACGUGCUUUCGAACUGCUAGGUUGGGAGGAGCAGGGACCGAGCAAUGGAAGCUCACCCCGUCACGGGGAUUCGAACCGCCAGCCUUCUGAUCAGCAAGUCCUAGGCUCUGUGGUUUAACCCACAGCGCCACCCACGUCAUCUCCUGGCUACCUGCUAAUAUAUGCAAGCCUGGGACCUUCUCAAAGCGAGGUGUCGCCACUUGGCUGAAUGCCACCAAUUCAACCUUGUCACCCCAUGCUACCUGGAGCCAGUCUUUGCAUUAAACCCCCGGGCCUCAAUCUCCACACCCUUGCUGGGAAGCCUGUCUCUGGAGGUCCCAAGCACUCGUGUGAAUGAUGGGAGCGAGGGAAGAGAAACUGUUUGUUUGUUUGUAUCAGAAGCUUUCAAGGUUUCAGAGAAGUGGUGUCUCUAGGAAGGCACUCUGUGAAACCAGCAAUCAAUCACAUAAGGCAAGAGGAAUUAACGCUUUAUUAGAAAAAAAACAGGAUCUGCACAGGAGUGCCAUACCUGAUGAGCACAGCAACUCAUCGCUGGUAGGUCUGUCCCCAGUGAUGGAUUUACGUAUAAGCUAAACAAACUAUAGCUUAGGGCCCCACUCUCUUGGGGCCCCAAAAAAAAUUUAAAGGAAAGAAAAACCCUGGGUGUACAGUUCCAAAAUAUAAGAUAAAAAAACAAAUAAAAUAAAACCUACAUGCAGCAACAGUGUUUUGUGUUGUGUAGGCUCCUAGGAUGUUUAGCCUGGGCAUGUUUAGCCUGGAGAAGAGGAGGUUAAGGGGUGAUAUGAUAGCCAUGUUCAAAUAUAUAAAAGGAUGUCACAUAGAGGAGGGAGAAAGGUUGUUUUCUGCUGCUCCAGAGAAGCGGACACGGAGCAAUGGAUCCAAACUACAAGAAAGAAGAUUCCACCUAAACAUUAGGAAGAACUUCCUGACAGUAAGAGCUGUUCGACAGUGGAAUUUGCUGCCAAGGAGUGUGGCGGAGUCUCCUUCUUUGGAGGUCUUUAAGCAAAGGCUUGACAACCAUAUGUCAGGAGUGCUCUGAUGGUGUUUCCUGCUUGGCAGGGGGUUGGACUCGAUGGCCCUUGUGGUCUCUUCCAACUCUAUGAUUCUAUGAUUCUAUGAUUCUAGGAUGUAAGUCAUGGGCUCUGUCUGCUAGCCUGCUCCCUAAAAUAUCACUGGUUUGCUCCUUUCUAUAUAUAGGGUGCCUACAUUCUGUAUGGACGGUUUGCAUGGCAACAGGUAGCACGCAGCUGCAGACUGCGGGGCAGCACAGUUGAAUGUAGGUCAAGCUGUUGUGCCUGUUAUCUAAUAUUAAGGAGUGCUUGUAGACUGAUGAUCAGGCAGCAUAGGCCAAGGGUAUCAACACAAAACCAGCGGCAAUUUGUUGUUGACAGCUGGACAUAUAAAGGCCCCAUAACCUUCAGCAGCUUAGGGCCUCAUCAAACCUAAAUCUGGCCCUGUCUGGCCCCCAUGAAGCAGUUGCAGAGAAUGAAGGUCCCCGCCUCCCCACAGCUGCCUAAGUCCCCUCCUCUCCAGGGUUUUCCCCAAGCAAUCAGAGACUAUGCCUGUGUGAAGCUAACUUCUCCACCCUCUUUGUGCCUCUCUUGGUUCUGGCAAACCAGGGAGGAGGGGAACAGAGGCGGGCGAGGGCGGCGAGCUGAUGCUGGGAGGCGCCGCGUCCAGCCUCCACCUCUUCCCUGGCACCCUCCAUAACGUGGCACCCUGGCACCCCGCACCACAAGCCUCUAUGGAUAAGACGGCCCUGCCCACAGGAGUAAGAACCUCGAGCAUGGGGUGACACCAACUUUUAAAACUUCCCUCUUUCCCCCAGAAUACACUUCGAGCAGCUUCACUGAUACAUCAUCACUGCAUCAUUGGUAUGUCACAAAUGGGGAGGGGUAUACAAGGGUUUGGGACGCGGGUGGCGCUGUGGGUUAAACCACAGAGCCUAGGGCUUGCCAAUCAGAAGGUCGGCAGUUUGAAUCCCCAUGACAGGGUGAGCUCCCGUUGCUCGGUCCCUGCUCCUGCCAACCUAGCAGUUUGAAAGCAUGUCAAAGUGCAAGUAGAUAAAUAGGUACCACUCCAGCGGGAAGGUAAACGGCAUUUCCGUGCGCUGCUCUGGUUUGCCAGAAGUGGCUUAGUCAUGCUGGCCACAUGACCCAGAAGCUGUACGCUGGCUCCCUCAGCCAAUAAAGCGAGAUGAGCGCACAACCCCAGAGUCGGCCACGACUGGACUUAAUGGUCAGGUGUUCCUUUACCUUUACCUUUAACAACUUUAAAGAUGUGCCCCCCCUUUUAUUUCCGUAACAGUGCUUACAGUCUUCUUAAGUUUACAAAGAGAGAGAUUCAUUUUAAAAUAGCCUGCAGCUAUUUUAAUAAUGGCCCUUUCCUAGCUUUCCUCCUUCAAAGAGAAAGAUGAUUAACGUCACCGCCGGUGCAAUACUCCUGAAACUAAAAGUGUGAACACGCUCCUCCUGAAAUUGUUUCUUCCUUCCUCCUUUCUUGCAGAUCUGCGUCAUGGAGUGCGAGGGGAAGCUGCUCUCCAGCGCCACCUGGGGGCUGUGCAGCAAAGCCACUGGAGUCAAGGCUCCUUUGCCCCUUGACCUUGACAGCCCGGAAGACGACGCCAGCCGGCCCUUGGAGAUGUGGGACGGCGGCCUGCGGCCAAGCAGGGGCGGCCUGAAACGCCUCGGCAGCCUGGCCCGGGAGGCGGACCUCGACAAGGCCGGGGGCGAGAAGGGGGUGUCCAAGACGAGCGGCCUCUUCCGGCAAGCGGAAGGUGGAGAUGACGACAGGGUCCAAGCUCUUCUGGGGGACUUGCCGGCCCAGCUCGACAUACCGAAAGGGGUGAGCAGCUUCCUGGGCGGGCCGUUCGGUUACGAGCCGGUAGGGGAGGCCGGAGUCCAGGAGCUCCAGAAGCGGUUUGGGGGCUUCAUUGGGGUCCGGAAAUCGGCCCGGAAGUGGCACAACCAGAAGCGGUUUAGCGAGUUCCUGAAGCAGUACUUGGGGAUGUCUCCGCGAUCCGUCGAGUACGAUGGCCUAGCCGACGACCCGAAAGAGCAGAACGAGAUCUAG